CGUUUAUUCAUAAGAAGAGAACGUCCAUUGAGAAAAGAACAGAUUAUUUCAUUCCCACGCCGUCUUUAUCAUUUAAAAUUCAACGGUCAAAAAUACAAAGAAGGCAACGGAGGUUUUAGUAUUUUCAAAAUUAAAACGAGGAUUGAGCUUAUAUUGAUGAUAAAAUGGAUUACACGAUUCUCUUCUUAUGUUUGUGUGCCACGACAGUAGUGGCCGAGAACGACCAAACGGAAUGUACAGCCAAUGAAUACUUCAACACAGAAACAGCUGAAUGUCUCCCCUGCACUCUGUGCCGGGCUUCAAACACCAUUAUCCGUGUUCCAUGUUCAGCUAUUGCUGACACGGUGUGCGGACCCUUCAUAGAAUUCGACAGAUUUCAUCAGGCGCCCAUCAUCAACCUGUUGCCUGCAGACAAUGACACCACUAAAGUGUUGGUAACGGGGCCUAUCUCCGGGGGUUCAUACGAGUCCACCAAGUCCCAGGGCAGCGUCCCGGUGGAGAGGGUGACUGAUGAACGAUGGUACACUCUGGCCAUGGCUCUUGUCGGUGUCCUGUCUGUCGUAUCAGUAAUAAUCAUCGUCUACAUCACCAUCUACUGCUUUGUUUGCAGAAGACACAGAGAAGAAAAAGAACUCAUUUAUUAUCCAGAGCUAUGUACAUCUGCUCCAGAAACACCAAGAGUAUUGACACCCAGGAUGACAUCACGUGAUCGGCUAAAGAAACACAUGAUUACAUCAUACAGAGAAGAAACUGGCGAUACUUACGGCGCAACGUCAAACCAAGUGGUUGUCUUGGCCAAUGGGUUCGAACCAUUUCUAGCUCCCUGCGAAGCAUCAACAGACAGCGACGAAAACAGUGGACAAACCAUUUCUUCGUCUUCAACAAAUUAUGUGUAUUUCAAAGCACCACCUUGUGCCAAUGUUUGACAUGUUUUCAAGUGACAGGGUCUCAUUUACAAAUGUACAUUCCAGGAGAGUGUGUUAUACCGUCCAUAUGAUACUAACCGAGAUUGAAAAUAUAUCGUGUUCAGAUUUGUACAUAUUAAUAUUGAGAUUAUUAUGUUUGGUGCAUACGUGCACAAUAUCAUUGUUAUUACGGUACGAUGGACACCGAUUAUGACACUGUGUAGCCAAUUCAUGUAUAACUUUGCAUUCAAAAGAGCUGGUUUUGAAUUUUUACACAGUUCACACAUCCGAAAAUCAUUCAUCACACAAUCCAGUGACCGUGUUGAAUUGGUCACUAAAGGUGUGGUUAAAGAACCCUUCAUAUGAGUGGAAACUGUGGACUGAAGUGAGGGACCUUAAUCUGUUUCCUGCUUGAUUGUGACUCCCGCUGACUCUGUGGACAAUGCUGGUCAGCUACCCAGGCCCGAGUGACCCCGUGACCUGGGAAAUCGAUGUCCAUUUAUCCCUGCAACCCAUCAUGACUCAGGAAAGAUAUUUCCAAGGCUUUAUUUAUGUACAUAGGAGAUGUGAGCCCAGUUAGUUUCAUAUUCGAGAAGUCUACACCUUUAUUAAGAGACAUGCACUUAAGUCAUAAUAAUGAUGUUCAAUUAAUAUGCACUAUACAGAAUUUUUUAUGUUUAUUUUUUUUUCUUGUUUUCACAAUACACAGAAGUGAUAAAUUUGCUUUUUUUCUGUAUAAUUGUUCUGUUUAAUGUGUAACGUUUGAAGUUAUUUCAAGAUACUAAUACUGUAUGUUCACUAAAAACAAUUGUCUUGCCAAAAUAUAUUUGUACUUUAGAAAAUAAUGUGAUCGUUUUUCGCAUUUUUCAUUCAGUCGGCUGUGAUAUAACCUUUGUAUAUUUAAAUGUAUAUACAUGUAUUUAUUUUUCUAAAAGCUAGCAGGCAAAACGUACCAAAGCAUUCAUGCAUCGCUUUUUCUGAAAAUGCAUAUGAAGCUGUUCUUAAAUAAAAUAUUUGGAAUUAAA